UCUUUUGUAUCAUAUAUUUAUAUAUACGCACACAGAUGUUGAUAGUUAGAUAGGUGUUUUCUUCAUCAGUGUAAGGCUUUUAAUAAAAAGUGUAGACAAAAAAAAAAUCGACUGACAGUGACGUUUAAUUUUUCUCACGGACAAGUCUAUAAAAGAAAGCCAAAGUUUUUAAAUCGUCGAUAGUUGAGUUUCGGAUUAAACGUAAGUGAACAGUCACUCAUUUAAGUUGAUACGGCACAUGUAAAACGUUCUGUUGAAAAAAAAGAAAAGAAAAUUGGUAGACAUUUAACGAAAGUAAUCGAAGUACCGAAUUGAAAAAGGGAAGUAUGCCGUUAUCAGAAUUCCGUAAGAAAAAGCUGCUCUUCGUCUUCAACACGUUUUUUGAUGUCAAUCAAAGUGGAUCGAUCGACAUAAAAGAUUUUGAUUUAGCAGUACACAAAAUUUGCGAGGCAAGGGGAUGGGCUGCCAAUCAUCCAAGAUUUCAGCAAACUAAAGAUACUUUGAAUAUUGUAUGGGAUGGACUUCGAAAACGAGCUGAUGCUGACAAUGAUGGGCAGAUCAGCCGAGACGAAUGGUACUCGAUGUGGGAGGAGUACGCCAAAGAUCCGGAACACGCGGUGGAAUGGCAGCAGACUUACAUGAAUCUCGUCUUCGACCUUGAGGAUACUUCUGGUGACGGCUCGAUCGACGAGACAGAAUUCAGUCAGGUGUGCAGGAGCUACGGCGUGGAAGAGAACGAGUCGCGAGAGGCCUUUAAGAAGCUCCAAGUCGGCAACGAGGUGACGCGCGAGAAGUUCGAAAAGCUCUGGCAGCAGUUCUUCUCGUCGGACGACCCAACUUCAGCCGGUAACUUCAUAUUCGGGAAGACGGUCUAUUAAACAAUUGGGCAGCAGCGAUGAGGUCAACGUAUGCGCAGGCGACGUUUAUUCAUUCUAACUGCCCGAGUGUCGGUGACGGCAACGAGCAACGACGAAGCCGUCAGGCAACGGAAUACCAAUGGGCAAAUACAGUCGAAUUAAAAACCCUACAGAGCUACAAUAAAUACAAUAGAGGCA